AUGUCAACAUCAUCUGAUUUCUAGCCUCCAUCUCCAAGUCUCUCACCUAGUUCAUAAAUAAAAUGUUAUCAAGAACAAUUAGAAAAAGCUCAUUCAAUGAUCGACUAUUUAGAAGUAAUGCUAUCAGAGAAAUAAGCAUUAAAAGAGAAUUUCAAUUCAUUUAAUUUACCAAAGAAUAAAUCUCAUAUGAAAAAACAGAGUCUCUGUUUAGAUAACCUUCCUUAAUCAUAAUCUAUAUAAAUUCAAUAAUAUGUUACUCCUAGAGAAACUAAUCAAUAAAUGAGAUUCACAUCUACUAAUAUGCCUAGUUAUAUUUCUGAAUUAUAAUAAAAACAUUAAGAAAUCCUUUCUUCUAAUAAAGAGAAAUCAACUGUUAAAAAACUUUAAAUUUAAGAAAUAUAAGAAAAAGUUUAAGAUCUUUAAGAUGAAAUAAUUAUUUGUAAGGAAAGAUAAAGAAACACUGAAAUUGCAAAAAAUCAAGCAGAAGAAGUUUUUGAGUAAAUUGAUGAUGAAAUUCUACUUGCAAAACAAAAAUUAUAAUCAGUAAAAUCUCAAGGGGAGUAAAUCUAUGAAAAUAUGAUGAAAUUAGAAGAUUAAGAGCAUGAUAAAAAAUAUUAUAUAGGUCGAACAUCUACUUUGAAGAGAAAAAGAAGUGAAAUAUAACCAUAAAAUCAAAUCAAGAACUAAUUAAAUUAAUUAAAAAAUGAAAUUGAAUAACUGAAGUAAUCAAAAAAAGAAAAAGAAGAAUAUUAUACUCAAAAAAUAAGAGAUAUUGAAUAAUAAUUAGAUCAUAGAAAAACAAAUGAAUCUCUUCCUGAAGAUCAGCUUAAUGCUUCUUUAAGUCCUGAUAGACAGAAAGUAAGAGUUUAUAAAGGAAAGCAUGCUUUAUUAUAAGUAAUCUCUUGAAAAAUUAUUAAAGCUUACACUUAAUUCUGAUUCUUGCUCUAGAUCUUAUGCCUUGAGAAAAUCAUAAGAAAAUAAAUUGAAUUCAGCAUUUGAUUUCAAAUAAUUUGAUGAACAUGAAAAUGUUUCAAUAGAUUCUUUUAAAAAUAAAGAUAAAAAGAAUAGGACAUGUGAUCCCUGUACUAUCUUUUGA